UUUGUUAACGGAGUUGGGUGUUUCUUGCUGCGUUCCUAGCGCCGGGUUGAGGAGGCACGAUGCCGGCCGGGCCUGUGCAGGCGAUGGCGCCUGCCCAGCCAGCGCCACCUGAAGCGAAGCAGCCUGAGGAUGAGCCAAAAGAAGAAGCAACACCAGCCAAGCCUGUUGUGGGAAUUAUUUACCCACCGCCAGAGGUUAGAAAUAUUGUGGACAAGACAGCUAGCUUUGUGGCCAGAAAUGGUCCUGAGUUUGAAGCCCGAAUCCGUCAGAAUGAGAUAAAUAACCCAAAAUUCAAUUUCUUGAACCCCAAUGAUCCUUACCAUGCCUACUACCGGCACAAAGUCAAUGAGUUCAAGGAAGGGAAGGCCCAGGAGCCCUCUGCGGCUAUUCCAAAGGUCAUGCAACAGCAGCAGAGUGCACAACAGCAACUUCCUCAAAAGGUACAGGCCCAGGUGAUUCAGGAAACUGUCAUUCCAAAGGAGCCCCCUCCAGAGUUUGAGUUCAUUGCAGAUCCCCCGUCAAUCUCUGCCUUUGAUUUGGACGUGGUAAAGCUGACCGCACAGUUCGUUGCUCGGAACGGCAGGCAGUUUCUCACCCAGCUGAUGCAGAAGGAGCAGAGGAACUACCAGUUUGACUUCUUGCGCCCUCAGCAUAGCCUCUUCAACUACUUCACCAAACUGGUGGAACAGUACACCAAGAUCUUAAUCCCACCUAAGGGCUUAAUUAUAAAGCUCAAGAAGGAAGCAGAAAACCCCAAGGAAGUAUUGGACCAGGCAUGCUACAGAGUGGAAUGGGCCAAGUUUCAGGAGCGAGAGCGGAAGAAGGAAGAGGAAGAGAAGGAGAGAGAGCGUGUUGCAUAUGCCCAGAUCGACUGGCACGACUUUGUGGUGGUGGAAACUGUGGACUUCCAGCCCGCUGAGCAAGGGAACUUUCCUCCUCCCACCACCCCUGAGGAGUUGGGAGCUCGCAUUCUGAUCCAGGAGCGCUAUGAGAAGUUUGGUGAAAGCGAGGAAGUGGAGAUGGAGGUAGAGUCAGACGAUGAAGAUGAGAAACAAGAGAAGACGGAGGAGACCCCCUCCCAAUUAGACCAGGACACUCAAGUGCAAGAUAUGGAUGAAGGCUCUGAUGAAGAAGAUGACAACCAGAAAGUUCCACCACCUCCAGAAACUCCAAUGCCGCCGCCACUGCCCCCUACUCCAGAUCAAGUUAUUGUCAGGAAAGAUUACGAUCCUAAAGCUUCCAAGCCUUUGCCACCCGCCCCAGCUCCAGAUGAGUAUCUGGUUUCCCCCAUCACUGGGGAGAAGAUUCCUGCCAGCAAAAUGCAAGAACACAUGCGAAUUGGGCUUCUCGAUCCUCGCUGGCUGGAGCAAAGAGAUCGUUCCCUCCGGGAGAAGCAGACUGAUGAUGAAGUUUACGCCCCAGGCUUGGAUAUCGAAAGCAGCCUGAAGCAGCUGGCUGAGCGCCGUACUGAUAUUUUUGGUGUGGAAGAGACUGCUAUUGGCAAGAAGAUUGGGGAAGAAGAGAUCCAGAAGCCAGAAGAAAAGGUGACCUGGGAUGGCCACUCCGGCAGCAUGGCCCGGACUCAGCAGGCUGCUCAAGCGAACAUUACCCUCCAGGAGCAGAUUGAAGCUAUCCAUAAGGCCAAGGGGCUGGUGCCUGAAGAUGACAGCAAGGAGAAGAUUGGUCCGAGCAAACCCAACGAGAUGCCCCAGCCUCCACCCCCCUCAUCGGCUCCAAACAUCCCAACAAACGCUCCACCAAUUGCAUCUGUGCCCCGCCCUCCCUCAAUGCCUCCUCCCGUCCGUACAACUGUCGUUAGUGCUGUCCCCGUCAUGCCUCGUCCUCCUAUGACUUCAGUGGUCCGUUUACCGCCGGGCUCUGUCAUUGCUGCUCCCAUGCCACCAAUAAUACAUGCUCCUCGGAUCAAUGUGGUUCCAAUGCCACCUUCUGGCCCACCCAUGAUGGCCCCACGUCCCCCUCCCAUGAUUGUGCCCACAGGAUACAGACAGGGACCAGUCAGCAGUCCAGCCUUUGUUCCCGCCCCUCCUGUUGCACCGGUUGCUGCCCCGUCACCUAUGCCUCCUGUUCACCCUCCCCCACCCAUGGAAGAUGAGCCAUCCUCUAAGAAGCAGAAGUCUGAAGACAGCCUCAUGCCAGAGGAUGAGUUUCUGCGCAGAAACAAGGGCCCCGUCACAGUCAAAGUCCAGGUUCCCAACAUGCAGGACAAGACUGAAUGGAAGCUGAAUGGCCAGGUGCUGGUGUUCACCCUCCCACUCUCUGACCAGGUUUCCGUUAUAAAGGUGAAGAUCCAUGAGGCUACCGGGAUGCCUGCUGGGAAACAGAAGCUUCAGUAUGAGGGCAUCUUCAUCAAGGACUCCAAUUCUCUGGCUUACUACAACAUGACGAGUGGAUCAGUAAUCCACUUAGCACUCAAAGAAAGAGGAGGCAGAAAGAAGUAGCACCCCUGUGGCUGGGAGCUGUCAUAUCGGUGCAGCUCCUGAGUAGCAUCAGCAUGGAGUUCCCACUCAAACUGGACUUUGGACCUU